UUCAAAACCACCGCGAAGCAUCAAGUUCUAAAUGUUCUCAAACGAUAUAAUAUCCGAAGAGAGUGAUAAGAGUUAUAAGAAAUGUCUCAUCACACUGUUAGGUGGAUUAAGAACGUUUUGCCUUUCUCAUAUAAAGAAAGGCUAUGCAAUCACUGUAAAAAUCGACUUUUUAACGGAGGCCCGGAGGGCGAGUGUCAUACACCACUCGAUUCAGUUCGUCGAGAUCGGCAAAUGUCUGUGUGUGUGUGUCAUUUAAACUCACACAAUUUUCUCAGAGAUGGCUAAACCGAUUUUCGCAAACUUAGUUUCAUCUGAAAGGUAUAACGCUCCCAUAAGCUGCUAUUGAAUUUUUAGUUGAUCCGACUUCCGGUUCCGGAGUUACGGGUUGAAGAGUGCGGUCACACAGCAAAUUCCCAUAUAAACUGGUACCACCAUAAUGUUCAAAUGAUGGAAAACAUAUUAAAAUUGAUGUAACAUUACUCUAGUUUGCGGGUCUGGAUCACUUAUGAUCAAUCAAAGCAGCUUUGACCACAUUGGCCACCUAUGACAGUUCAUGACGCCCCCGGGUAACCCGCCAAGUUCCUAAGCUAAUAUCACACCCAUUCCACAACGAAUUCUCUACCGAUUUUUACGAACUUAAUUUCAAAUGAAAGAUACAGUAAUGCCAUUGACUGCUGCUGAAUUUCAUUCUAUUCUGACUCUUGCUUCCGGAGUUACAGGGGUGUUAGUAAGGAUACACUGGAAUUUCCCAUAUAAAUCGGUACAAUCGUAAUACCUCAGAGGCUAAAAACUAUUGAAAUGGUCACCAAAUUACUUCUAAUCGCAGAUCUAGAUAACUGAUUGCUAAUCAAACAUUCUUUGAAUAUAUUGUCCACUAUCGACGAUUCCGGAAGUCCGGAAUUCCGGGCAUAUUCUACAAUUAAAGUCACAUCGGUUCUUCGGUGAUGACUGAACCGAUUUUCUCAAACCAAGUCUCAAAUGGAAGGCAAAAUAUGCAGUUGAGUAUUGCGUCGCUGCCCCUAGACCCCCCCCCCACCGGCUUGCCCUUACACCUCCCUCCUUCAUCAUUCCCCUCCCCUUGGACCACCCUCACGCCCGCAUUUCCUUCAUCCACCCCGUAUACCGAAAUAAGAUGAAGGAUUUCUGACGCAUCCUCCACUCCCACUCUAUUAACCCCCCAUUCCCUCCACUUUCAAACCCAUUCCCCCUAUAUUUCAAAAUAUAAUCACAUGAAGAUAACAUUGAACUCAUGCUGAUUAGGCUAAUUAAAUAUUAUUCUUGUGCCUUUCUCAUAUAGAAAGGUUAUGCAAUUGCUCCAAAAACCGACUUUCCAACCGAGGCCCGGAGGGCCGAGUCUCAUAUAACAUUCGACUCAGUUCGACGAAAUCGCAAAAUAUCUGUGUGUAUGUAUAUGUGUAUGUGUAUGUGUGUAUGUAUGUGUGUGUAUGUGCGGAUUUGUUAACAAAAUGUCCACAUCGGUUACUCGGAGAUGGCUGAACCGAUUUUUACAAACUAAGAUUCAAAUGAAAGGUAUAAUAUUCCCAUAGGUUGCUAUUGAAUUUCAUUUUCAACCGACAUCUUGUUCCGAAUUACGGGUUGAAGAGUAUUAUUACAAAACAAAAUUUGUUGAUUUUUCCAAAUCGGUUUCUCGGAAUUUUCUGAACCGAUUUUGACAAACUUAAUUUUAAAUGAAAGGUCCAUCAGCUGCUGUUGAAUUUUGUGUGGAUCCGAGUUCUGGUUCCUGAAUUACAGGGUGAUACGUACGAUCACGCAGCAAAUCCCGAUUCUAACGAAUUCUGCGAUGAAUGUAAAAAGGUGAUUUUUUUCCAAAAUGUAAACACAACUGUUGAAUUUGUAGAUCUAGGUCCCCAACAGUCAUUCAAAGUCUCUUUGGCCACACUGGCCACCAUCGACGGAUCCGGAAGCAUCCAAAGUCAGAAUAACGGUUAUAUUGGUUUCUCGAAAAUGGCUAGAUUUGCUCAACUUAGUCUCAAAUGAAAGGUGUUGCGUCCCCAGAAACUGAUAUUAAAUUCCAUCUCCAUCCGACUUCCAGCACCGGAGUUACGGGUUGUGGAGGUCGAUCACAUAGAAAACUCCGAUUCAAACCGAUACCGCGAUGAAUGCAAAAAGGUGCUCUUAUAUAUACUUACCAAUUGUAAUAAGAAUGAAAGACAUUUCCAUAAAGUUAUAUUGUACGAACCAGCUAUUAAAUCAUAGUUUGGAGAAAUGAGAAAGGCACAAUUGCACCUCUAGGUGGAUUAAAACAGGUUUUUCAGUUCAAUAUUACCGUGGCUGUUUUUUCUUCUUCAAAAUUUUAGAACUCGAAUAAUGAUUUAUUUUCCUGUAUAUAGUUGUCAUGUGAUGUACAAUAAUAAAAUGUAAUAUAUGCAUUUAAAAGCUUUUAAUGAAUAUAAACAACGCACACUUUCUCGUGAUUCAUGAUUGAGAAAGGCACAAUUGCACCGCUAGGUGGAUUAAAACAGGUUUUUCAGUUCAAUAUUACCGUGGCUGUUUUUUCUUCUUCAAAAUUUUAGAACUCGAAUAAUGAUUUAUUUUCCUGUAUAUAGUUGUCAUGUGAUGUACAAUAAUAAAAUGUAAUAUAUGCAUUUAAAAGCUUUUAAUGAAUAUAAACAACGCACACUUUCUCGUGAUUCAUGAUUGAGAAAGGCACAAUUGCACCGCUAGGUGGAUUAAAAUAGGUUUUUUCUAGUUACAUUGCUCAUGAAAGGGGUACCUUCGGGAUCAUUUGUUGCUGCACAGUAAUGUGUAUUGCAAAAAUGUAGUCAGAUCAAACUUGUACUGAAUUAUCUAACGCAUCUCUACUAAUUGUGACUGCCAUUGAAGGAUCAAUUGAAUUGUACUCAGUAUAGAGCAAAAAUGGACAACGAUAAGUUAGAAGAAACAUUGUACUUGGAUCCCCCAUCGAGAGUAAGAUACUUCUUUUCCCGGAUCUAAUUCGUGGAUAUUUCUGGGCUUUGAUUCAUUAUUCUACAUAAUAAAUCAUACCAAUACAAUGAAUAUAUAUUUUGAAUAUCAUCACAAAAAAGGUGUUCUUACUUUUCACAUGACAUGUUUGAGCAUGCUUCAUUCAAAAUUCAAUAGAGAUACGAAGAGUUUAAACAACGCACGUGGGAUGUCACUUUUCAAAAUUUUCAUCUUCAAACAUCCAUAUUACCCAGUUAACUUGAAUAUUUUUCUGAGAUAGCCAUGAAUUUCCUUAAUUAUAGUGUAUAUAAAAGCUCUAAAUAGAACUAAAUUAAAUUGGAAUUGAUUUAGUUUUCGAUUUUUGGUCGCCUGCCUAUACAAAAUUCAAAUGUUUCGGAAGGAAAUUUGCAAAUUUUCUCAGGGCUAGAAAUAUUUUAUUUACCAGGAUGCAAUGUUAAACUUGUUAUCACGAGUUGCUCUCUUCUACAAUAAGAUGCAGGGUAACGGAAGACAAAAAAUAGUUUUAUCUUCUUAAACUUCCUCAAUUACAUCGCACACAUGUUUGGACAUUAAUAAAUAUUUCAGAUAACCAGAAGAUCUUAUCACACAACUUUGAAAUGGAUAAAGAACACGAACACGAAGAAAGAAAGAGACAGAGAGAGAGUGAGAGAGACUGAGAGUGAGUGAUAGAAAAAGUGAGAGAGAGAGAGAGAGAGAGAGAGAGAGAGAGUGAGAGUGAGGGGUGGCGUAUGAGAAAUGGCAAAUGAUGGCUAGUGCGGUGACUUUAUAUUGAUAGGCAUAUUAUGCGAUAUAUUUGUAUAUUUACACCCUUAUUAUAAAUAACGCAACUAGUAAUUUUUGCGCCAUGACCUGUACAACUUGCAAAAGAAAAUCAAAUUUUUGCAAAUUUUGAAAUUUUGAGAUUCAAAAAUAUAGUUGCUCGCGGUGAUGUCGGUGAUACAUGAGAAAUCAUUUAUCUCACUACUAGGUAGAUUGCUUGAUGAUCUAUGAAUUAAUAUACCCUCCAACAUCCACCUGACAGUUGGACACAACGCCUAAUCCAAGGGAUAAAUACAUGAACUCUAGGAAAAAUUUCACUAUGAAGUCAACUCACACAUUAUUUUGUCCACGAAGAAAACUUAUAUAUUAAUUUUUAAGAAAUAAUUUAUAUAUUAUUAAGGUAAUUCACAAAAUGUUUUCAGAAUCGAAUUACUUGAAUCACGUAGAUAUGUUUCCAUACCCCGACAUUCAAAAUCGGUUUAGUUUACCCCCUAAAACACCAGUAAAGUAAUACUAUGUAUGUAACGGUCUCAUUUUUAGUUAGAGGAAAUUGGUAAGCAAAGAACAAAAAUACAAAAUUGUUAAUAUCUCCGCCGCUCAUUAACGGAUUUCGGCAAUCUAUUGCUUGUUUGCUAUUUCAAUCUAGUGUGCCUGAUGUGAUCACUUCGUUCGAAAGUUAUUCGCAAAAAACACGUUUUGUCUUGACAAAAUCACCCAUAUCUCAGAAAGUAAACAACAUGUCUAAAAACAAAAAUAAUAGUGGCAAAUGGGAGCGUUAGACCUUUCAUUUGAAACCAGUUUCAUUAAGAUCGGCUCAGCCAUUGCUGAGAUAAUUACAUGACAUUUUGUACAUACAUACAUACAUACACACAUACACACACACAUACAGACAUUGUCUCAAUUUGUCGAGCUGAGUCGAUUGGUAUAUGAUACUCGGCCCUCCGGGCCUCGGAAAAAGUUUUCAAAGUUUGAGCGAAUCCUAUACAUUUCUUUUGUAAGAAAUGUAAAAAUGAAUACGACAAAAAGACGAAAACAAGUGAAAUUCACUAAGAUUAAUAGUUUUAUUUAAAUUGUUGGACCGAGGAUUUGCCCAAAGUCCAUUAUUACGAUGAAUUAUUUCGAUUACGAGUCUAUUUAAAUGCAUGCGUUAUACUUAGUCAGAACAUGCUUGUAAUGCUUCCUAGUAUAGUUUUGAGCAACCACGUUUUGUUGUCAUGUUUGCUGACAUUUUACGACCGACAACCUUCUCAAAAAACCUGUUUAAUCCACCUAGCGGUGCAAUUCUGCCUUUCUCAUUUCUCUAAACUAUGGCACGGAGUAUUUUUAUGUUCAACAUAAUUAUGGAAAUGUCCAUUACAUUCUUAGUACACUUUGCACUUACACAAUGGCAUGCCAGCCACGAACUUGAUGAGCUACGUGUCGACGGUGAAACACUUGAAACAAAAAAUAUCAUAUUCCAUUAGCCUAAUCAGCAUUAGUUCAAUGUUAUAUGUUUGCUAACUCAUUUUGUCAUGCGGGGGUGGGUAUGUGAGGAGGGCGAAAGUCCCAUGAACGAACGACUCCCCAGCUUAAAUUGGUAUGCUUUGUGAUAUAGUGGUGGUUUAAAGAUGAUGGGGUUGAAAGGGGUAUGAGGGCUGGAUGGGGUGGUGGUCUGAGGGGUGAUUUAAGGAGAUUUUUAAAGGAGGGGAGUGAACAGUAGAGGGGGGGGGUGUAACCCCUCUCCGUAAACCAUCAACUACGCCCCUUUUAAAAUCCAGAAACCUUAUGCGGGUCGAAAAAAAAUUGGCCGGGAUUAGAUUGACGUUUUUCAGAGUGAUUGCAUAACCUUUCUAUAUGAGAAAGGCAAAAAUGUGCCAAAAUCCAAAAAAGUGAAUCGUCGUCAAAUUUUUUUUCGAGUUUGCAUCAAAUCUCGACGUGUCAUGCACCUUGAACACAUUUAGCAUCAAAAAUAAAAAUUGUAUUUUUAAUUUUUCCUAUAGUUUAUAUGAGAAAUUUCUGUGUGGCCGCACUCUGAAACCUGUAAUUCCAGAACCAGAACUCCGAUCGAUCCAAAAUUCAAUAGCAGCCGAUGGGAAGGUUGCACCUUUCAUUUGAGACUAAGUUUGGGCAAAUCGGUCCAGCCAUCUCUGAGAAAAAUGAGUGACAUUAUUUGACACAUGCGCUUAUACAUACACAUACACAUACACACACAUACAUACUCACAUACACACACACAUACAGACUCCGCUAGCGAAUGACGGAUCCUAAUAGUAGCAUGUCUGUAAUAACAUACGUACAUGGAACUAUUGAGAACCAGAGCUACAGGUCCAAAGCCCUGGUAAAGGAGGAUGGUUGUGAUGAUCCGGGCCGAGAUCACCACGUAAAGCAAGGUAGGGCAUAACCCCAAUUCCAAGGCGUGAAGCGACCCGUGCCGAGGGAUGAGUGAUCGAGGGGGUGAAAAAGAUGCUCGAUCGUUAACGGAGCCUGUGGGGUACCUGGGCAACCCACACAGUAAGUCAGUAAGCACAGUAAGCGUCCCUUACCACGCUAAUGCGGAGCUCUGGCGUGGCGGACAUAUAUUUCUCGCGCUACUCGUGGGACUAUACAUGGAGGCAAAUAAAAAUAAAAACAAACAGACGGAGGUGCCAAACCCCUUCGCAAGAGGUGGUUUGGCGAGGUCUCCACCCCGUGGGGAGAGUAGUGGAGCGAUGAGUGCUGCACCCGAAAGCACCAGUGACCCCCCAGCAGCGGUAGGCAAUACCCCUACCAAUGCAUCGGAGGGGCCAAUAGCUGCGAUGCGCAAAGUAGCGAAGCAACUCGAUUCUAUAAUCGACUUCGCUAGCGCAAAGCAGAACAUAGCCAAGGAGUUGAAGUUGAGCCUUCUGGAGCUCCGGAAAGCUGUUCGUGUCGCAAGACAGGAACAGCAGGCAUAUGUUGAGAGGGUGGAAUGUCGGGAGAGGCCCGACAGAGAAACCCAGACAGUGGCCUCCAAUAGGGAGGAAAGAGAGAAGGUCAAUAGAGGUUCACAGACAGUGGCCUUUACCUUCUACGGAGCAGCCACGUCGAUCGGAGCGGCGACCGAGUUCCCCUCGAAGGGAAAAGGAAAGGACAAUCGCAAGACGGCAUCGAAUGCGAAGCGCCCUAGGAAGUCGCCAGGAGAGGGUGCCAAAACCGACACCACUCGGCGUGCAACCGUCAAGGUCAAACGCCGCCUGGGUGAGGUAAGCGAGGGCGAGACUGACCUCGCUGUUGAGAGCGAUGGUACCAGCAACCCGGCACGACCGGGGCAGGGGGGCUCAAACCCCUGGACGCUGGUCACCAAGAAAAAGCCGGCACCGAAACCGGAGGUACCGCGGCUUGCGAGGAAGGCCAAGGACAGAGGCGAAGCCUUGUGGUUAAAAACCGACAAGGACAAAUACGCCGAUGUCCUUAAAUCGAUGAAGGCGGCCGAAAGUCUCUCGGCCCUUGGGCAGGAUGUGCGUAGCGUAAGACGCACCAACACGAGAGAGAUGCUCCUGGUGCUGAAGCGAGGCGCACAAUCAAGUGCAGUAUAUAAGGCCUUGGCCCAAGAGGUUCUUGGUGAGGGCGCCCAAAUCAGGUCGCUAGGUGCGGAAACAACUCUCCAGUGCAAGCACUUGGACGAGUUCACGAUCGCAGAAGACGUCGUCGCAGCCGUCAAGGAGCAAUGCGGCGUCACAAUCGAGCGGGCCUCUGUGCGAUUGAGGGACGGACCCUCUGGCACCCAAGUAGCCUACCUCAGGCUACUGAAUGCGGAUGCCAAAAAGGUAACCGAGAGAGGGAAGCUGAAGAUCGGCUGGUCGGUAUGCCCUAUUAGUAUACCCCAGCCGCCUUCAGUGGACAGGUGCUAUCGGUGCCUAGAAUCCGGCCAUAAAGCUUACGAAUGCAAAGGCAUAGACAGGAGCAAGCUAUGUCGUCAAUGCGGCGAGGAGGGGCAUAAAGAGCGGGGGUGCACUAAGGCAUAUAAGUGCCUUAUCUGCACCGCUAAGAAGCAAGCCCAUAAACAUGCUAUGGGCGGACCUUCGUGUCCCUUCGGCGAGUUAAAUAAGAAGAAGCCGUGAGAGUCACACAGCUAAAUCUUAACCAUUGUGCAGCAGCCCAACAGCUGCUGUGGCAGUCGGUCUCGGAGUCGAGGACAGAUGUCGCCCUCUUAUCAGACCCGUACAGCAUCCCUGCCGGCAACGGCAAUUGGGUGUCGGACGGGUCUGGAAUGGUGGCAAUCUGUACAACGGGAAGGUUCCCGGUUCAAGAGGUAAUACACCCCCCCGCCGAGGGUGUGGCGAUUGCCAAGAUCAAUGGUGUGUUCUAUUGCAGCUGCUACGCCCCACCAAGGUGGCCAAUAGAACAGUUCUACCAGAUGAUCGACAGGCUCUCGUCGGACCUCGUGGGCCGGAAACCGGUAGUAAUAGCGGGAGACUUCAACGCUUGGGCAGUGGAGUGGGGCAGCCGCUGUACAAAUAGCAGGGGUCAAGCGCUAAUGGAAGCGUUUGCGAAACUCGAUACUGUGCUAGCUAAUGAUGGCUCCGCUAGUACAUUCCGUAGAAACGGAGUGGAGGCGUGGAUUGAUUUGACCUUUGCCAGCCCGAGUCUGGCUCCAGGCAUGGAAUGGAGGGUAGACGAAGGCUACACCCAUAGCGAUCAUUUAGCAAUCCGCUUUAAGAUCAACUAUGGUGUGCAGCAUCCGAGGGCGGGAGAUCCCUGUCAGGUACGCGGGUGGAAGUCCAAUCACU